AUAUAGCACAUCUGCGUUGUCUACCUACGUACGUGUCAAACACAAGAGGAGACUCGUUUGUAUAAAACCAAGGCAGGUUUGUGCGUGAGUCCGUGACACACGCGCGCGCGGAGAGAUGGUUUGUGCUAGGACGGCCAGUGCUCCUCUGCUCGCUGCAGCACUAGUAGCGGCGCUGGCAGUGGCCUGCUCGCUGGUGUCUGGGGCUUAUGCGGCGGCAGAGCAGGAGGCCGCCGGCGCCGGCGGGAACGACUUGAGGUUGAGGCAGCCUCCGAUCACGCGCGGCCUGUCCUUCGACUUCUACAAGCGGAGCUGCCCCAUGGCCGAGUCCAUCGUGCGCCACUUCGUCCGGGACGCCGUCCGCAAGGACGUCGGCCUCGCCGCCGGCCUCCUCCGCCUCCACUUCCACGACUGCUUCGUCCAGGGGUGCGGCCGUGCCCGCGUCAUGCAUGCAUGCAGGGCUGCGACGGGGCCGGGGGAGCAGCGGGCGCCGCCCAACCUCACGCUCCGCCCCUCCGCCUUCAAGGCCAUCAACGACAUCCGGGAUCGGCUGGAGCGCGAGUGCCGCGGCGCCGUCGUCUCCUGCUCCGACAUCCUGACGCUCGCCGCGCGCGACUCCGUGGUCGCCACCGGCGGGCCCGAGUACCGCGUGCCGCUCGGCCGGCACGACAGCCCGCGGUUCGCCACGCCGCAGGACGUGCUGUCCGGCCUCCCCGCGACCACCUCCGCCGUGCCGUCCCUCCUGGACGUCUUCCACAACCACAGCCUCCACCUCGACGCCACCGACCUCGUCGCGCUCUCCGGCGGGCACACCGUGGGGCUCGGGCACUGCGCCUCCUUCGAGGGCCGCCUCUUCCCGCGCCCCGACCUCCUCCGCAGGCUGAGGCGAACGUGCCCGGCCAAGGGCACCGACGCGCGCACCGUGCUGGACGUGCACACGCCCGACGUGUUCGACAACAAAUACUACGUCAACCUGGUGAACCUGGAGGGGCUCUUCGUGUCCUGCCAGGACCUCUUCACCAUCGUGGAGCGCUUGGCGCGCAGCCAGCGCUACUUCUUCAGCCAGUUAGGCGCGUCCAUCACUACAGGAAAAUCUCGGUUUCCCGUGUGUUAGCCUAUGAGCCGCGUGUGUUUUUUCGGGCACCCGGCUUAUGCUCCUCUAAGCCGAGUCCCGAGAAAAAAACACCCGGUAAAUACGAGGAACUCGG